ACAGCAAACUCUCCUGCAGUGCAAUUUCCUACCCAGGACUACUGAACGUUAAAAGAAAAGCUGCUUUAGGGCUUGAAUAGCACUCACAGCAGAACCAUGGCAAUCGCUACACUGGCUCUGUACCAUUCCCUUGUUUUUGUCUGGUAUAUUUUUGUUACCUAUUCAAUCUCACUUGUAAGAGCAGAAGACCGGCCAUCUGAAGUGUUCCUUUACGGUAGGCAGUGGAAAUAUUUGACAGUUCUCAAUCUGGUUUUGCAGGCUGUUUUCUAUGGGAUCUCCUUCCUGGCUGAUGUGUUGAGACUAAUUAAGAAACUGCCAAGUGUUAAGUACAUAAUUUCCUGCAGAGACCUUCUCUUCAGUGUCCUGGCUUUCCCUGUGUCCACAUUUGUGUUUAUGUCCUUUUGGGUAUUGUAUACGUACAACCGAGAACUGGUUUACCCCAAGAGCCUGGAUGGGAUCAUUCCAAUGUGGUUAAAUCAUGCUAUGCACACUAUUGUAUUGCCACUUGCUCUGCUAGAGGUCUUCGCUACCCCUCACCGUUAUCCACCAAAGAAGAAAGGACUGAUCCUAUUAGGAUUUGUUUCUAUUGCCUAUCUCAGCUGGGUCCUGUGGAUUUACUCUGUAACCGGAGAGUGGGUAUAUCCUCUCUUCACCUUUUUCAGCCCAGUGGGUCUAGCAGCCUUUUUCUGCAGUAGCAUUGUCCUCAUUGUCUGGAUCUACAACAUUGGAGAGUUUCUCAACCGUAUGAUUUGGGGAGAUACAGUAGUAAUACUGGAAUACAAGAGGAAGGGCAAAUGAAGCUUUCUUUUCAAAGGAGUGCUCCCUCCAUGAAUUCUGAAGCCAUGAAGUAGAGGGAAAGAAAUACCACUGUGAUAAACUCCUUCUCCAACGUACUGUGUCUUCUGAUGAAUCCAUUUGAUCAUCAUAACCAUAGAAACUGGUGGAAAAUGUUAAAUGAUAGUAUUUUACAGGAUGGUUAUGAAACAAAGCAACUGCUACAAAUAAGGAAAUGCAUGUAUCUGUGUACAAGAUUUCUCAUCCCUUACACAAUAUACAUUAGGAUAUGUCUGUGGUAAACUUGUAACUGGCAAAUACAUUACCUCAUGAUCUUGCAGUGGGACUGGCACCACAUCUUUAAAUGCCCCGUGAAAACAAGCACUUGUUACUCAGUACUUGUUUGGCUCACCCAAUGUUUUUCUAGAAGUCCAGAUGGAAAAAUAAAAAAGAGUAAUAAUUUUAACAUUGCCAUGACUUCUAAAACUAGAAAGAUAAUAAAAGAUAAUAAAAACCACAAUUUUUGCAA